AUGAUCGAUGCGUUUGUAUUACAAAACAACAACGAUGCUCACAAAACAAAAGAGAAUACUACGAUGAACAACUCCGGUUCGAAGCCGUCCAUCGUUUACGCUAAGGAAAUACAACAAGAGCUUGGAGAUGGAUCAAGACGCGGUGAUCUUAGCUACGUAGCCAACAAAAGAAAAGUGCCUCGUGGACCCGAUCCUAUACACAACAGGAGAGCAGGGAACUCAAGACGACCACCAGGAAGAGCAUAA